AAGGCCCCGCCCCAUCUGUGACGUCCUGGUGGCGCGCGGGCGGGCUGUGGGUGUGGGAGGAGCCCGGACCAGACGACACCCCGAGGCCGGGGCAGCCUCCCGACGCCUACCUGCCGGCUUCUCCUGCCCCAUCUUUCUCGAGGAGCGGUAGCGACCUCGGCCUCCAGCCUACCGGGCGGAUCGAAGCGACGGUCGGGAUGGUACUGCUGGGCUUGCUGCAGUCAGGCGGCUCGGUGCUCGGGCAGGCGAUGGAGCAGGUGACUGGAGGCAACUUGCUUUCCACGCUGCUCAUCGCCUGCGCCUUCACGCUCAGCCUCGUCUACCUGUUCCGUCUCGCAGUGGGCCACAUGGUCCAGCUGCCGGCUGGAGCGAAAAGUCCGCCAUAUAUUUACUCUCCAAUUCCAUUCCUGGGCCAUGCAAUAGCAUUUGGGAAAAGUCCAAUUGAGUUCCUGGAAAAUGCAUAUGAGAAGUAUGGACCUGUGUUUAGCUUUACCAUGGUGGGCAAGACCUUCACUUACCUUCUGGGGAGCGACGCAGCCGCGCUGCUCUUCAAUAGUAAAAAUGAAGAUCUAAAUGCAGAAGACGUCUACGGUCGGCUGACAACACCCGUGUUUGGGAAGGGAGUUGCAUAUGAUGUGCCAAAUGCAGUUUUCUUGGAACAGAAGAAAAUGUUAAAAAGUGGCCUUAACAUAGCCCACUUUAAGCAGUAUGUCCCUAUCAUUGAAAAAGAAGCAAAGGAAUACUUUGAAAGUUGGGGAGAAAGCGGAGAAAGAAAUGUGUUUGAAGCACUGUCUGAGCUCAUAAUUUUAACAGCUAGCCAUUGUCUACACGGAAAGGAAAUUAGAAGUCAACUCAAUGAGAAGGUGGCUCAGCUGUACGCAGACCUGGACGGAGGUUUCAGCCACGCUGCCUGGCUGCUGCCCGGUUGGCUGCCUCUGCCGAGUUUCAGGCGCAGGGACAGAGCCCAUCGAGAGAUCAAGAAUAUUUUCUACAAGGCCAUCCAGAAGCGUAGGCUGUCCAAAGAACCAGCUGAGGACAUUCUCCAAACUUUACUAGAUUCUACAUACAAGGACGGGCGUCCUCUGACAGACGAUGAGAUCGCAGGGAUGCUCAUUGGACUGCUGCUGGCCGGGCAGCACACGUCCUCCACCACCAGCGCCUGGAUGGGCUUCUUUCUGGCCAGAGAUAAACCGCUUCAAGAAAAAUGCUUCUUAGAACAGAAAACCGUGUGCGGCGAGAAUCUGCCUCCCCUGACUUAUGAGCAGUUGAAGGAUCUGAAUUUACUUGAUAGAUGCAUAAAAGAAACACUAAGACUGAGGCCUCCUAUAAUGACCAUGAUGAGAAUGGCCAAGACCCCUCAGACUGUGGCAGGGUACACCAUUCCUCCAGGACACCAGGUGUGUGUUUCUCCUACUGUCAACCAAAGACUGAAAGACUCCUGGGUAGAACGCUUAGACUUCAAUCCUGACCGCUACUUACAAGAUAACCCAGCAUCAGGAGAGAAGUUUGCCUACGUGCCAUUUGGAGCUGGGCGUCAUCGUUGUAUUGGAGAAAAUUUUGCCUAUGUUCAAAUUAAGACAAUUUGGUCCACUAUGCUUCGUUUAUAUGAAUUUGACCUCAUCAAUGGAUAUUUUCCCAGUGUGAAUUACACAACAAUGAUACACACCCCAGAAAACCCAGUAAUCCGUUACAAACGAAGAUCGAAAUGACGAGAAGGAACAGGAGCCGGUGUGGAGACGCGACUGCGCGCUGCAGCUUGGCCGAGAAUGAAGCUCUGAAACAGCUCUCAGACCGUGCUGGUUUUUACGUGUGUGGUUCUGAAAGCCAGUUUAUGAUUUUAAUGUUUUAUUAACUCAGUGAUUUUUGUUGGGCCUUAAUGGCGUUUGAAACAGUUUAUAAUAGUUUUGAUAGGAUUUCAGGGAAGCCACGUUUAUGUUAGAAAUUGUUUAGGGGGAGGGGGGGGUCUCGGUAUUCAGAUGAUACAGAAUGCAGCGUCCAGGUAAUUAACUUAAGAAGCACAUGUUGCCAUGGGGAGAUUUGGAACUAGUUUUGGAAGUUUCAAAGCUUAGUCAGACGCUGCAAAGGCAAUGGGUUAUUUGUGUAGUUGGGCCGUUUCUGUGCGUAAAGAUGUGAGAGGGUAAAGGUUUAAGUUCACUGCAGACUGAGGUGGCAGCAGACACUAGUUAGAGGGUGUGACAGCCUUUGACAUGUUAGCUGGAUGCACCGCUCCAGGAGGAUGACAGCGAUCUUGAACCUUGCCUUGAUAACGGUAUUUCCUAAUAAUAAUAAUAAAUACUAAAGAGUGCUUAUGUAUGUAACUGGUUCCAGAUGGUCACAUUUUUUUGUGAAACACUCAAAAUCAGAUCCUUAUGGGUUUUUUAAUUUUGCUCAAAGGCUUUUUUUUUUUAAUAGCAGUUAGGGAAGUGUCAACUACUAGGCUUUUAAAAGUGUAUGAUUUUGAGAUUAGUGAAUUCUAGCCUUGAGAUUAGGGAAUAAGAGAUGGUAGCACUGUCCGCAUUCGGUGGAGGCUGUGCUCAGAAGCCAACCUAACAGUUUGUAACCAUGGGCCCAACUCUGUGAUAUGCCCAUGAUCUGUGUUAGGAGUCGAGACAGCUCUGUCACUGGGUGUGGCGCUGCACAACUGUAAUGCUAGUACUCAGGAGCUGAGGUGCAAGGAUUGGGAAUUUGAGGCCAACCUGGGCUACAUAGCAAGACUAACACCCUCCCCAAAAUAAAACCUUUUUUUUCUCUAAAGUAUGUGUACUGGCUGGUCUUAGGCAACAACUUGAUACAAGCUUGGUUCAUUGAAGAGAAAAGGAGUCUCAGCUGAGGACAUGCCUCCAUGAGAUCCAGCUGUAAGGCAUUUUCUUAAUUAGUGAUCAAUGGGAGAGGGCCUAGCCCACUGUGGGUGGUUCCAUCCCUAUGCUGGUGAUCCUGGGACCUAAAGCAGGCUGACAGAGACACGAGGAGCGAAACAGUAAGCAGCACUCCUCCAUGGAGCCUCUGCAUCAGCUCCUGCCUCCAGGUUCCUGACCUGCUUGAGUUCCGGUCCUCACUUGAUGAUAAACAGUAAUAUGGAAGUGUAAGCCAAAUAGCCCUCCCCCAUGCCUCCCAACUUAGUUUUUGGUCAUGGUGUUUCUUUGUAGCAACAGAAACCCUAACUAUGUUAGUUUUAAGAGACUCUUCCUAUGAAGACCUAAAUCUCUGCUGUAAAAGGUUUCACAUUAAAAUUCUCUAUGAGAAAAUUUUUACUGGUUUGUAUUCAUGGAUUUGAACUUGUGCUUCAGUAAGUACAGUUCAAGAGAUCUGGGGACUUGGAAACUUACAUCCUAUUUGUCUGAAAUAGACUCCUUUUAGUAUAUUAUCUUUAGUUCUUUAGGUCAGUCACUCUCGAUAUCAGUGCCCCAUGAGAAAUGAGGUAUUUUCACAACAAAUUACAAAUGUUGCUCUCACCUCUCAAAGUAUGCUUGUCUCUCCUCGUACUGUGUGAUUAUUAGACUUUUAGGUCAUAAAUGUUACAUUUGAUGUGUUAGAUUAUAGCCUUGAUUAAAGUUUGGUGAUUGUUUCUAAGAGAUUUUCUUUGCCAGUGUAGAUGUUUUGUCUUUAUUAUUCCAAGAAGGGUUCUAGACUUUGGUCAGAUUGGUAGAUUCCUGGCACAGAGUUGUGACUUGAGGAAGGCUGUCCUGUUUACUAAUUAGCUUUAGACUUUGACAUAUUUUCGGGGCUGAGAUUUAAAAGGGCUCAAGCACUAGAAUUCCUUGUUGAGAGACUGACCACAGACCAGCUGUUAGGUUAUUGUGAACAACACCAGAGGCCUAGGGCCACAGGGUGGCUGACAGUCCACCCCAGCAGUGGGGUGGGCUCAGCUGGUGAGCACAUGUCCAUCUGCCUUUUCCCUACAGAGCUGUCUUGAACUGACCCUUUUAGCUUUUAAAAGGGUUUUACGCACAACUUUCUUGCUUAACUGAUUGCUUUAGAAUAGCUUUGCUAUUUCUAGAAUGCUUAGUUGAAAUACUGGAAAUAAAAUUGGAAAUAAAAUUUAGAAAUUCCCAGCAA